AUGUACAGCGACUUGGAAUGUGACUACAUCAAUCCUAUCGAGCUCUGCAACCGACUGAAUGCAUAUAUCCUUCCCGAAGCUGCUGUGCACGGCUUCCUCACCUUUCUCUUCCUCAUCAAUGGUUACUGGAUGGCUCUCAUCCUCAACUUGCCGCUUCUCGCCUGGAAUGCCAAGAAGAUCGUCGACAACACGCACCUGUUGGACGCCACAGAAAUCUUCCGAAAACUGAAUGUCCAUAAGAAGGAAUCUUUUGCGAAACUUGCAUUCCACCUGAUCAUGUUUUUCUUCUAUCUCUACAGCAUGAUCGUGGCCCUCAUUCGCGACGAAUCGUCCUAG